AUAGAACCAAUGAUACUAAAUGUGACAUAACCUGAACAUAUUUAAAUAAUGGAUAAACUACUUUUAAGCAAUAUCCGUAAUGCCAGAAAAUUACUUCAUGAAAACUAUAUAACCCCCAAAGAUUUACUGAAUUCGUGUCUAACACAGGCAAAAGAUACGAAUCAUUUAAACGCUUAUAUAACAUUAACUGAAGAUGAGGGCAAUAAGCAAGCAAAACAAUCACUUGAAAGGUACCAGAAGAAGGAGGCUACUUCUAAAUUGGAUGGAAUUCCUAUUGCAAUUAAAGAUAACUUCUGCACAGCAAACAUAAAAACUACUUGUGCAUCUAAAAUGUUGGAAAAUUUUGUACCCACCUACAAUGCAACAGUUUAUGAAAAACUUCUAAAUGCUGGGGCUGUGCUAGUAGGUAAAACUAAUUUAGAUCAAUUUGCUAUGGGUUCAGGAACAAUUGAUUCAAUCUAUGAUAGUACUAAAAACGCCUGGGGUUACACAGAGGAUGAUUAUUAUAUUGCUGGUGGAAGCAGUGGAGGAAGUGCAGUUGCUGUAGCAACUGGCAGUUGUUUUGCUGCUUUAGGUUCAGAUACUGGUGGUUCCACUAGGAAUCCUGCUUCUUAUUGUGGAGUAGUAGGCUUAAAACCAACUUAUGGCUUGGUUUCAAGAUUGGGUUUAAUUCCUCUUGUCAAUUCAAUGGACGUACCUGGCAUCUUAACAAGAACAGUAGAUGACUGUGUUUUAAUUUUGAACACUAUAGCUGGUCAUGAUCCUAAAGAUUCUACAACACUAACAAAGCCCUAUAAAGAAAUAUUAUUACCUUCAAGUGGUAAAUUAAGUGUGAAAGGUUUGAAAAUAGGUAUUCCAAAGGAAUAUCAUUGCAAAAAUUUAGAUAAAGAAGUUUUGGAUACUUGGAAUGAUGUUGCCAAGUUACUAGAUGAAAAUGGUGCAGUGGUUAAGGAGAUCUCCAUGGUGAAUACUGAACACAGUAUAGUCUGUUAUUCGAUUUUAAACCAAUGCGAAGUUGCCAGUAACAUGGCAAGGUAUGAUGGUAUUGAAUUCGGACUUAGGGCAGAUGAAAAUUCAUCCACGGAGAAAUUGUAUGCAACGAGUCGCAGUCAUGGUUUCAAUGAAGUCGUAAGAAACAGAAUUUUAACAGGAAACUACUUCCUAUUAACUAAGAAUUAUGAAAAGUAUUUUAAUCAAGCUUUAAAAGUUCGACGAUUAAUAUCCAACGAUUUUUAUAAAGCUUGGGAAGAUGUGCAGGUCCUUUUAACACCAACCACAUUGUCCACAGCUCCAAAAUACAAAGACUUCGUUAAAAAGACGAACCGCGAUCAAUGCGCGAUGCAAGACUUUUGCACUCAACCUGCAAACAUGGCUGGUGUGCCAGCAAUCUCAAUUCCAAUAAAGUUAUCUAAAAAAGGAUUACCUAUAAGUUUACAAAUAAUGGGUCGCAAUUUAAGUGAACCUAUGAUUCUGGCACUUGCAAAAUACAUAGAAAAUAUUGUAAAGUUUCCUGGAGUCAAAUAAACUGUAAUCUUACUUUUUA